AUGCAUAUCAAGACAACGGGCUGGAUUGCUUUGGUUGGCGGAAUGACGGGCGCUGACAUUGGCGUUGGAUGGGUCGACAGUGCGGGAGCUCUUCAUUUCCAAGAUCGAUAUGCACGUAAUUUCUCAAAGCCAAUUAUAGAUAGUACAACGAAUGAUUGGAUUGGUCUCCAAGGUCGUGAAGAAAAUGGAUGGACAGCUAUUCAAUUUAAACGUUUACUUGAAACCUGUGAUUAUAUGGAUGUGUCAAUAAAGACUGGAACCAAUAUUGUCAUCUUUGCUUAUGGCAUUUCUGAUCCAGAUCAACGUCAAUCGAACGGAGAUAUUUCCUAUCAUGAGAAUCGACGCGGAACACGUAUGAUUCCACUCCGUUCCUAUGACAAUCCACCUCCAGAAAACACGUUUGAUGGACUUGAUUCGUUUGAUUUUCGUUUAAAUAAUUAUUUACUUCCAUCGACGGACACAACUUACUAUUGCAAAGUAUUUAAAAUUCCGUCUCGUUUUUCGACAAAACGUCAUGCAAUUGGUUACAAAAUACUUGUUGAUCCAAGUAGUCAAGAUAUAGUACAUCAUAUGACCACGUAUGAAUGUAAUGCUGCAGCUGAGUUCGACGAUGCCAAAUUACCUGAAGGUGUUUGUGAUGACCAUAUCAAUCAGUUCAGUGCGUGCUUGUCAAAUAUGGCUAAUGGAUGGGCAGUCGGUGGUGAUCAUAUAGUAGAAUAUCCUGAAGAGGUCGGCUAUCCUGUUGGCGGCGAUUUUCCCGUCAAAUACUACAUGAUUCAAACACAUUUUGAUAAUGCUCAUCUAGAUUCGGACCGUCAUGACAAUUCUGGUAUUCGAUUUUAUAUUGGCGAAGCACUUCGUCGAUAUGAUCUCGGCUAUCUAACAUUGGGUACAGAAUCAAACCCAGGCGCUAUUGUCAUCCCACCGCAAGCUAGUGAAUUUGUAAUUGAUGCCUUUUGUACACCCAAAGCUACUGAAGGCGGUCAAAAGACAACCGAUGAAAUGUGUCUUCAAACAUUCACCUAUUAUCCUCGAAUGAACGAUCUUUUUAUAUGUGUGUCGUCUUUGUCUGCUGCAGCAUGGCUAACUGUAGCAAAUAGUUCUUCAUUGACUAAUGUUGAAGUAUUUAAACAAUGGUUGCAUAGUAUUCAAUGGACACCUGAAGUAGUCGCCAAAUGGCAACAAUUUCAUAAGAACAGCUCACGUCUUGUUCGUAUUAUUGGAGGUUCAGUUUUCGAGACAGAAUCCCUCGACACCGUACCUAUUUAUCAAGAUUUGAUCACUAUGACAAGUUGCAAUACAGCCAAUCAUCGAACAGAAACAUUCAUUUUUCUCUUAUUCAUCCCGUUAUUAAUGUCAAUAUGA